GUCAAUCGACUCAGCUUCUGAACAAAACAACCACCAACUAUCUCAUCAUUCAAAUCCAACACUUGCAGAACGAUCUAUCCCAGCUAUAGUGGGGAAUCCAUAGCACAAACUUGCUAUAGUACACAUACAGUCACAUACACACAGACAAUGACAACCGCCGCGCUGCCCUUCCAAUUCCCGCCAACCUACUCCUUCCCCCCCUUCUUCACCCCGCAACCCAACAGCGCCACGCGCACCUCGCAGCUCCAGAAAUGGUCCGCCCUGAUCCAGUCGUGGUGUCGCCAUCACCGCACCUACCGCCUGACGCUCAGUGAGGCCAUCGAGAGCCCGCUGUUUUACAACGCUGCGCUCCGGAAACGACUGUCCAUGAAAGACGCGCGGGAUGUGCUGGACUGGAUGGCCAAGGCGGAAGAGGACGGCGGCGGCGGAGGACAGCGGGCGGAGUGGCUGGAUGGGAGCACCAAGACCGUGGCGCGCAUCUGGUGGAAGAGACCCGAGGAAUGGGCGGGGAUCGUGGCCGAUUGGGUGGAGAAUACAGGACAGAAGAAUGUGGUUCUGACGGUCUAUGAGUUGGUGGAGGGGGAGGGGACGUUGUCACAAGAAUGGCACGGUAUGGAUACGGACGUGAUGCUCAAGUGCCUCAAUGUACUGGUAAAACGAGGCAAGGCACAGGUCUUUGGUGGCGAAGGCCAAGAAGGUGUCAAAUUCUUCUAGACGGUCAUCUGUUCGUGAUAUCUGGACAAAUUGAUUGCGGGCACAACAAGCUAUUUUCAUGCAAAAUGUAAGUCAUUUACA